AUGGCCAUCCAACCGUAUGGCAUGACGCACGAGAGUCCCGACCUGAGCCUCCCCCACACCGACCCCACGGAUGCCAACACUCAAGGAGCUGCUGCCGGCAANAAGGGAAGAGCCCAGCGCGAGCUCUCCAACACAAAACGUGCUGCUCAGAAUCGUGCCGCCCAACGUGCCUUCCGCAUGCGCAAGGAGCAACACAUCAACAAGCUAGAGGAUGACUUGAAGCAAUACCUGGUCAUGGAGGAGAACUUCAAGACCCUCCAGCAUGAGAAUGUAGCUCUGAGAGACUACAUCACUCUUCUGCAGGGCAGAAUGACGGAAAAGAACAUCAGCUUCCCACCCACACCUGAACAGGGUCCUAUGCGAUCUGCUUCGCUCUCGGCACCCGACAACCAGCCCAUGCACCAGGAUCAAGACUCCGUCUAUCAUCCUGCGCCCGUUCAGCAACCCAUUCACCAUGAUCAACAUGACCAUCAUGAACAACAUCGCUACCCCGAUCCUUCCCCUCCACAGAGCCAUCCCGCANNCCGUCCAACGUCUAUCCUCAACCCUCCCACGACCAGCAGCAUCACCAACACGACCCUGCAAUUCAUGCUCAUUCUGCACCANCAAGACACUGCCAGCGACUCUCUUCCUGCUGCAGCUAUAAGUCAGCUCCAGGCUGCUGCUGCUCAAGCAGGUAGCAUGAACCGUCCACCUUCUCCGCCUCCUACACACCAUGACCAACACCACCAACCUCAUCCUCAAGAUCCUCAAUAUGUGCGCGCCAGUGAGUAUCCUGCUCACAAACGUCUCAGACUUGAUUCUCCUCCACACCAGACACGUAAGUACUCGAAUUAUGAGAUCGUUUCUUCCACAUCUGCUAACCAUCAAGCAGAGGCACUGAGUGACAAGCCAGACGCUUAG